AAUCUGUUCUAUAUAAUGCUUGACCUCGAAAGUAGUCUGUACGGCGCAACCAUUCGACUAUAAUAGUUAUCUGUGCCACAGUCGUCAGGGCAAUCACGCAAGGCUAUCUCCAACAGCGGGGUCAAUAUGUCGGACAAGGAAAAAGACAAGAGAACCUUCAAGGAGAAGAAGGCGUCAGUAAUAAGACAAAUCAUCACUUCCGUCAGCAUCAGUAGCACGGUAUUUGCCCUCAGCUAUCUAUACCUUCCCAUCAACACCUCCGGUUUGACAGAACUUCCGGACAGACUCGCUCUCACCAUAUGCUGCCUCUUUGUGUCUUCGUUCUCUAUCAUCAUGGGGGUUCAUGCCGUGGGAAAUGUUCGAGGAAAUACGAACGCCAUUGAUCCGGUAUACGGCGGAGCGGAGAACCUCGUGGAUGUUCCGAACAGAAUCCUCCGGAAUACAACGGAACAGUUCUUUCUGCACAUGAUGGCCAUGCUAACUUUGACAGUGUUCUUGCAGGGUAGCUCUAUGAGGGCUAUUCCUAUCCUCUGUGGGGUGUUUCUAGUCGCUAGAAUUGUAUAUCAGGUUGGAUACAUGUCGUCUCCAAUGUAGAGAGGAUAUGGGUUUGCCGGUACAUUCUUACCAACAUUAAGCGUUUACGCUUAUUGCAUUUUCUGCAUUUUACAAAAAAUUGUGUUUUGAUCAUUUUAUGAGAACGUGUAGUUGAUGUGACAUAUUGCAUAUAUACUUUUAUACUUUUAUUUUACCCCAUCGCACUGUUAUGGUUGAAACAACAAUACCCUUGUAAAUAUAUACAGUAUGUAGAUGAUAACUUUAGGUGUCGUUAUCAAGGUGUUUUUUUUUUAAACAUUAAUAUUUGCUGACGAAUUACCUUAUUCGUGUUAAUUCAAAUACACUUGCAACUGAAUAAGAUACAAAAUUAUUUGUACAACCCAUUUUUCAUCAAUAUUAAAUUUUAAAAAAAAUUAAACCGUAAUUUAUAUGUACACUGUACUGUACUAGUAUUUAUGCAAGUGUGGUAACUUAAGAUUUAGCUUGAUCCGUGAAGUAUUGGAUUUAGCUGCCAGAGGAUUCGAAUUAUAGCAAAAGCUAGUAAAGGCAGUAUAUUUUACAUUAAUUUUGGCGCCCAAGAUGGGGACCUUGGUACUGUCUGGAGGGAUAAAGAGCAGGUCGUCUGUUGAACUUCGAUUCACAGAUGACGACACUCCGAAAGAGUGGACGACUCAUGUCUCUUUCCUAGGAGAGGAGCAACACACUUUGCUAAUUUACCCCAGUUGCUGUCUUUUAAUGUAUCUUACUAUCAGUUGUGAUAUAACCAUGUUUUGGCAGCGCUUUACAAGAACUUUAAAAGAUGGAAUUGAUAACAUGGUCAAUUUUUCCCCUAUAAAAUCCUCCCCUCGUUGGCCCCUGUUCUCAUAGACGACGCAUACAUUGUUCAACCCCAAUAACCGUUUGUAAAAGGCAAACAUUCAACUCCUAGCUAUUCGUACUACAUCGG